CCAAACCCUCACUGUCCCUCGUACUCCUACUGCACCACUCACCAUUCCCUUUCAACAUCCCUCUCUCGCUCUGCUUCCCGAAGAACCAGAGAGCAUGGAGCCCUACUUCCUAUCUUCCUUCCUCUUACUUGUUUGCAUUUUCACAUCUGCAGAUGCGGGAUCUAUCGGGGUGAACUAUGGGAGAAUAGCAAACAACCUGCCAGCGGCUGCGAAAGUGGUGCAGCUGGUUAAAUCUCAAGGUUUAGAGCGGAUAAAGGUUUACGACACCGACCCUGUUGUGCUCAAAGCCUUAUCUGGUUGCGGUAUUAAAGUCACUGUUGAUUUACCAAAUGGGCUUCUCUACUCAGCUGCCAAAAACCCUUCCUUUGCCCGAACUUGGGUUCAGAAAAACGUCGUCGCUUACCACCCCUCCACGCAAAUCGAAGCCAUUGCCGUUGGAAAUGAAGUUUUCGUUGACCCACACAACACCACCAAGUUUCUCAUUCCAGCCAUGAGAAAUAUCCAUCAAGCCUUGGUCAAGUUUAACCUCCAUUCCUCUAUUAAGGUCUCUUCUCCUGUAGCUUUAAGCGCUCUCCAAUCCUCUUACCCAUCUUCAGCUGGGUCAUUCCGACCCGAGUUAAUCGAACCCGUAUUCAAGCCCAUGUUGGACUUCCUCCGCCAAACCGGGUCUUACCUCAUGGUCAAUGCCUAUCCUUUCUUCGCUUACGAGUCCAACUCUGAUGUCAUUUCACUAGAUUACGCUUUGCUUAGAGAAAACCCGGGUGUUGUGGAUUCCGGGAACGGGUUAAGGUACUUUAGUCUCUUUGAUGCCCAAAUAGACGCCGUUUUUGCCGCGUUGUCCGCUUUGAAGUACGAUGACAUAAAAAUAGUUGUUACCGAGACAGGGUGGCCAUCUAAAGGCGACGAGAAUGAGAUUGGUAGUGGCGUGGAAAAUGCUGCUGCAUACAACGGCAAUCUCGUCCGUAGGAUCCUCACUGGUGGCGGAACCCCCUUAAGACCACAGGCUGACCUGACUGUUUACCUCUUCGCCCUCUUCAACGAAAACGAAAAGGAUGGGCCCACAUCAGAGAGAAAUUAUGGGCUUUUUUACCCCGACGAGCAAAAGGUUUAUGAUAUCCCAUUUACUUUGGAGGGGCUCAAGAGUUACAAGGAUAGCAACCGGUCCUCGGACACCGGAAGUCAUCAAGUUGCUGCUCCGGUCAAUGGAGGCGUGUCCAAGAGUACUACAGGGAAAACGUGGUGCGUCGCAAACCCUGAAGCGGGAAAACAGAAGCUACAGGCGGGUCUAGACUUUGCAUGUGGCGAGGGAGGUGCUGAUUGCCGUUCGAUCCAGCCUGGUGCAACGUGUUAUGAUCCUAACACGCUCGUGGCCCACUCAUCGUUCGCGUUCAACAGUUAUUACCAGAAACAAGGACGUGGAAUGGGUGACUGUUAUUUUGGAGGAGCAGCUUAUGUUGUUACUCAAGAACCAAAGUUUGGGCAGUGCGAGUUUCCCACAGGAUAUUGAAGAGAAUUCUGAAGCAAGGGUUUGGAUUGACACCAUUGAAGGCUAGUUUGACUGUAGUUGUUCUUUGUUUUUUUGGGGGGGUGGGGGGUUCACUGUAUUUUAUUCUGCAGAAGUUGGAGCUGGUAGACAAUUUAUUUUGAGUAGAUUGUCUGUGUAAUUAUAUAGUCCAAAAUGUUCCUAUCUUGCUUACUAUUUAUUGAAGGCUCAUUGAUGGCUUGUUUUUAA